AUGGAGUACCACGUGAAUGGUGAUAUGGACCAGGCCCCCAAUUCUGAUAACUCCAUGUUUAUGCCCGAGGCUACCGCAGGGCCAGCGUGGAAGGCUGAUCUUGGAGAUUUCUUGGGAGUGGAGAUCUUGGAGGGGCAGCUCAUGACCGAGAGCCGGCUGUACUUCUACAGGAAGAUGAAUGACAGGGAUCCCACAUACACCAUCUACUCCCGGCUGGCCCACGGGCCCCAGGGCUCUGACGGGGAGCUGCUCUGCCACCGUUUAGAGCAGGAGUACCGGGUGGGCCCCUUGGAACUGAACCGGGAGGCCAUCCUGAGGACCAGCACCAAUCUGGACACCGGGCAGGUCCUGUUCGGGCAGAACAACGGCUACCAGAUGCAGCGCAGAAUCCACAGGCAUUAUGGGAACAACGGCAUCGCUUGGAAUUACUACCCCAUGGCUCAAUCGGCCUUCAUCCAGGACAGACGAAGCAGGCUCAUGCUGCUGUUGGAGAAGGCGCACGGCGUCUCCAGCCAAGGGAACGGGCAGGUGGAGGUCAUGCUCCAUCGGCGGCUGUGGGUCAACCAACAAGGGGCCCUGUUGGAAGACCUCACGCUGAACGACACCUCGGUUGUCCACCCGGUGCUCUGGCUCCUGCUGGGGCCCUGGACACUCACCACUGGCCCGCGCCAGAGGAGUGGGCUAGCGCUGCAGCGCAGGCCCAUCUCGCUGCUAAGAGAGCUGAGCGAGACUGCCCAGAAUGGCCCAGGCUCCCAGCAGCAAGUGUCUGUGACCCUGUCCCCAAGGCUUCACCUGCAGACCCUCAGCAUCCCCGGCUGGAAGUACAGCUGGAACCACACAGAGCACCUGCAGAAUCUCCAGAAAGGCCAUCACGACGAGGCCAAGGCAGACGUCCGCUGUGUCCUGCUGCGGCUCCACCACCUGUAUGAGGUGGGCGAGGGUCCAGCCCUGUCUGAGCCUGUGACGCUGAAUCUGCAGGUAACCUGCCCCACGCCGUGUGCCACUCCGAGAUCGCUGAAUCAGGCCCCGACGGCCCUACGUGAGGCAAAGCCCAGUGACAAGUCUUCGGGCUCCAAGUCCAGCUCAUCCCGCAUCCUGCCCGCUGCCCUGACGUGGGGGGAGGAGGCUCCUGGUGGUGGGUGGAUGGCGGCUCUCACCGUGUGCCUGUCAGACUCGAAUCAUGAAGCUCAGCCGAGCAUCAAGCCAGAGUCUCGCUGCCAGCCUAAGGAAAGGGCGUGUGAUGUGCUGGGAAAGAAGCUGGGCAAAGGGCCGUGGGAGGGUGUCUGUAGGGGGAUCCGUGCUGAGCUAAAGCUGGAGGCGCCUCCGGAACACCCAGAGGAGGGCCGCGCCUGGGACGGUUGGUGUGCCAGAGCCCAGCCUGCAGGGCCGGAGGGACAGGAAGCCUUGGGCAGUCUGCGGGCUGAGGGCAGGGGCGAGCGCUGA